AUGGUGUUUCCUCAAACCAGCUCAAAUUAUACAUCAAUCGAUGCAGAAUUCAUGCUUAUUCUGAAUAUGAUUAAGUUAUUUGAUUUUGGCUCACAGUUAGACCUGUGCGCCGGUCGGAAAAUCGGCGGCGGCGUUUAACAGAAGUUAUUCGAUCGGCGGCGGUGGUGCAACCUGAUUAAAAGAUUGAAUUUCAAUCUGAAGUUGCGGACUUUAGUAUUUAAGUAUUCUUAUUUCUUAAAUAGAAC